UAUCAACACCACCACCUAAGAUGAAAGCAAGAGAAUAGAUCUGAUUAGUUCACCUUUAAUAACUUUCCCACCUAUGUUCCCCCAUGGCAAUCAACCGAUUGAACAGCUCAUCCCGUCCUCUUAUCGCUGUCAACACCCACUUGCUGCCCUCCUUGUCCGUAACCUCCAACCCGUCCACAACUUCCUUUCCAAGCGCCCACCCCACAACCAUCUUCGCUUUCCAACCGAACCCACCGACUUUCCUCAUUUCGGUUAUAUCGGGAAGUCCAAUGAGGAGUUCCGAAUGCCCAGGUUUCACUUCCGAUUCCUGGGACUCUUUCAGUUCCUUUGCACCUUCGUCUGCAUCCACAUCGCGUGAAACAGGAAGAGGAGGAUCGGAUACAGCGCCGAUCCUUUUCUUUGAUGCUUCAGAUCCAACGGAAGCUUUGACAUGGUCGGCACCCAAUGCCCCUUCCACACUAGCUCUCACAGCACCCUUAACAAACCCGGCGAUCUUCCUCCCAGGUUUCUUCUUCUCCUUCUUUUCCUUGUCCCCAGUUCCUCCUCCACUGGAAGCCAACGUGGGCGAGUCCCCAUUGCUGCUGAGUCGAUCGUACUCGGCAGAAGUAGCCGUAUGCUCCGACUCAUGAUCAGAAUCAGCGUCAACGUCGUGAUUGGAGGUGUCGAACUGUACUUCCGAGGGAUCGCCUUCUCCUGAAGCGGGUGGAGUGGGUCCGUCGGCGGACGUUGGAGGAGGUGGCAGGGGUGCUUUGUUCCGCUCGGCAAUUCGGAGGAGGGUGAGGGUAAGCUGAGCGUUCGUCGGAACACCCUUCAGGAGCGUUCUGUAGGAAUAAGCUCGUCAGGGUCUUUCAAAGUAUAAGAUCAAUGCAGAAGCUUACCUCCUCAGUUCUAGAUACUCCCGCCAGUGGGGUACUUCAUUAGAGAGCCAAUAUGCACCUCGAGUGAUGAGGGGUUGACCGAAUAAACCGAACCCAAAGAGGAACGUAGCCAUAUGAAGGAAGACAGUCGCAGGAACUAAGUACGUCACGAGAACAAGAGGGACCAAAGGUGCCGCAAGUCGAAGACGAACUGUCUUCGAGAACGGCGGUGUCGGUGAUAAAGCACUAGAGCGCAAAACAUCGUUAAGCCCAUUCAUCCAGAGGCACCAAAGUCAACUCACUUAUGAAAUCGUUCCCAUCCAUCAACGAUUUCCUCCAAAGCCCUCAUACCAGGCCUUGCUUUAAUCCAUAUGGCGUCCUCAACAGGUUUCUUCGCAGGGUCCAUUUUCGCAUUAUCCCCGCUCGCCAGAUGCUUACUCUCUGCCGCCUCUGAGGCCAUUCCGACAGGAUCCGGGACAGCGCCAUCGAUACUUGUCGGACUCUCCCCCUUACCCUCGGAUUCAGCUUCUCCACCUCCGAUAGCGUUGCCAUUUCCAUCUUCCCCUGGUCCUUUACCAGCCGCUGUACUGACUGCCACAGAUGAGAGACCAGCCACGAAGUGACGCGCUUCUUGUUCAACGGCUUCGCCUUUGUGAGCUUCUGGCGCACCAGAGAGUGAGUCUGGACUGCCUAGGGAACCGGCUUUGGGAGUUUGGAGGUUUCCAGUUGUACCUGAGAUGAGGGAAAGAGGCGCAGAGGGGAAGAGGUACUUGCGGGACGGCGGGUAUACGACGAGGGUGAUAACUGUUAGAAGAAUAACAGGAAGGAGGGCACCGAGCAACCAAGCGAUGUAGUACGCCUGAAGCGGCAUGAUAAGCCCAAAUAUAUCGAAGAAACCUAUUUUGCACUCACCGCGCAGAACACGGCUGUCCGUCUCGG